ACUUACUUAUUUUGCAAACACGACUCUCUAUCUCAUAGCUUAGCUUAGACCAAAACUGACAUUGACUUCUCUUUCUUAGCCUCAUGGGGGGAAAGUGAUGGUUGAGAGGAUUGAAUAGGGUAGGAAGGUGAAGCGUUCGGAUGUGAAUUCGGUUCUCCUAAGUACCAAUUACAUGCCUUCACUCAUGUCUAACAAAGAUGAGUUGCCACACAUGUGAGAUAAUAGCAGAGCAGAGGUCUUCCUACUUGGGUAGAGGUACACUAUCUCCUCCCUAUCAAGUCCUGUAAGGAGGAAAGGUGUUUAAGGGAAGAUGAAAAGUAGUAUAUGAAGGUUGGACACUAGAAAGCUAUCCAGAUUUCCCCCUAACACAUCCUAAAAGGGCACCCAGUCCGAAAGAAAAGUCAUUUGACUACUUAACUUAAACACUAUGUUCGGUUGCCACUCAAGUGAGACACUCUUUUUCAUUUAAAAUCACAUUUGGAACACCCUUUUUCAUUCAAAUAUUUCAAGACCACAACACGAAGAAAUUCAUCCACAAUACACCAAUCACAUAUCAUAUCACCUCUAAACAAUAAAUUGAUCAACACGGUUCAACAUAAGUCUCCCUAAGUUGCAAGCUGCCAUGGUAUCUAACGAUUCAAAGCACAAUUGAGCAAGUAUAAGCAUGGGACAAGGUGUUUGGAGCUAGGGAUAACAUUGGGGCGGGUUUGCCUAAACAAUCCCCAUCCCUGUUUUCAAAUACCCAUACCCAUACCCGCCCCAUACCCAUGCAGGAAAUGUUUUGCAAACUCAUCCCCAUACCCAUGGGUUUUGGGUACCCACGGGUAAUACCCACCCCGUAUAUCCAACAUUAUUAUACCAAAAACUUUACAAGAAAUUUUUUUAAUUACAACACUGAACGAACCUACUAUAUCAUGAAGACAAUAAAACACAGUCAUUUUCUUAAUACGGUUCGAAGAAUAUGGUCCAAAAACAUCCAUUAAUACAUGAUAUAGAGUAUAAUAUUUUCCAAAUUAUUAUGCUUUAACUCUGAUACAUCUACUAAGUAAUAAUUAAUUAACAUAAUAUUGUUGACAAAGGGGAAAGUGAAAGAGUGAAGAAAGAAUUGAGGGAAAUGAAUUAGAUUUUGAUUAGGGUGGCCACUCAAUUGUAUAUUUACUAUUUAUUUUCUCGAGUUACCUUUAUUAUCAUUAAUAGGUUACAAUUUAAUCAACACAUUAAUUAUAUGUGAAGAAAUUCUCUUGGGUAUGGGGCGGGGGAGACUAAAACCAUACCCACCACAUACCCAUCAAAUUUGUGGGUUUUACCCAUACCCAGGUAAAGUGGGGGUUCCCCGCAUUGACUGGGCCGGGGGCGGUCGGAUACCCGUGGUCAUGGGUUUGAUUGCCAUCCCUAUUUGGAGACCUCAAAUUUUGAAAAUUUGGCAUGCAAUACUAGGCCCUGAACACUCUCAAUGUAGCAAAAGAGUUCAUUCACAUUUAAACUUGGAGCCCUCAAAUUUUUGAAAUUUUGGCAUACAAAACUAGGCUUCAAGCAUUUACAUUCACACCAUUCAUUCACACACAUAAGCAAAAUGGAACACCCCCUACUUAAGAACGACAUUAUCCUCAAUGGAGUAAAGAUAAGGAGGAUAGAGAAUGAAGUUAGCGGAUCAAGUGUGAACUAUAGCGGAUGGGACAAGAGGAUAGGUGAGGUCCAAAAAGCCCACGAAGGUCAAUUUAUUGACUCGGAAAUCAAAGAAAAUGAAGGAAAUGGCAAACCAAAGUACUUGGGUUGCCUCUCAACAAGCGAUUCUUUCACGUCAUAAGUCAGAUGGUUGCUCCUAAUUCUCGAUCCAUCCCAAAACCUCCUUGAAGUAGAGGUCCAUAUGUCUUGCUUUAGGAAGUGUAGUUCUGAGAUUAUGUAUGAUGCUUAGAAACUUUUCCAAUAGCUUCUUAGAGCAUGCCCUCACCAUGAAUUUCGGGGGAAAUCCAAAGUAAAGUGUCCUAGCAGCGUAGUUCAAAUUUGGGCUACAAGUGGCAGGGAACAAUGGAAUCAUUAAGUCGACAGUUAUCUAAGGGAGGUUUAUUUACGAAGGAGUUUUUAGUGUUGCAUUCGUUCGAGUGCCUAAAUUUAGUUGGAAGCGGAGAAUACACAAACAACAACAAUAAAAACAUUGAGAUAUCGCAACAAAGGCAUGGAAAACUAAUAGUGUUUACAUUGGGUGCAACCUUGAGGAUAAGGUUGGUCUCAAAGGAGAGGUAACAUUAGAAACACGCUAUUAUAUGAGAGCGGAUCAAGGUUGUCAACCCGCGGGUUGACCCGGACCCGGUUGAGCUAGUGGGUUAAGGGUUAAUGGGUCACCCGUUUUAGCCCGGUUUAGCCCGGAAAUAUGGAAAGCGUCACUAUAUUGUACUUAUCUUGAUAAAUCAUAUCAAAUCUCAUCUAGCAUAUGAGUUAUAACAUAUAAUAUUACACCAAAAAUAACAAGUCGUACUUAGAUUCAACAUAUAGUGAAAAUUCACACACACUUAUAUAACAUUAAUAUUCAAAUGUUCAACUUAGGAUUCCAAAGAUUAAGUUAGGCGAAAAGAAAAAUCGGAAAAUAGGCGCAUUUCGCAAAACAAAGAAAAAAAUGACAUAAUUUGACCUCCAACCCGGUACUUUGUAGUGGUCGACCCGGUGGGUGCGUGCGGCCCGUUUUUCUCACCGGGUCAGGGUCAAAGCGGGUCGACCCGCGGGUUGACAACCUUGGAGCGGAUAAAGUACUAACUGCUUUUUUCAACAAAAUCCUACAAAACUCAUAUAUUGAGUCGGCCAUUAGCUUUGAUUUAGAUGACUCACAACCCAUGUAAGGACAUGGAGAGGCAAACUGAUAACUUUUGCACCUUUUUUUUACUGACAUGGAAUUUAAAGAAGAGAGAAGACUUUUGACCAGUCACAACCUACCUUUUUGAAGCUCACUUUCUUCAAAAUCGGGUCAUAUCUCCUUCGUUUUAACAUGCAGUUUAAGAAUUUUGCAUAUGCAUUAAUUAUGAUCUACACAAUGAUAUUCAUUUUGGCAUUGCUAUAGUUUGAAAAAUAGUCUUCCAAAUACACAUUUGUUUAAAUCUUAUCACUGUUACAAUAUAUAUAUCUUUCGCUUUUAGUUGAAAUUUAAAUAUUUUCAUAGAUAGAACCUCAUUACUUAUGAACCUCAUUAUGGUAAAACUAAAAGCAUGAUCAUACCACUGUCAUAUCAUUAUAUUAACAAUAUGAUAAUAUCAUAUAUGACCGUGGUAUAAUGACAUAAAGAUUAUUGAUAAAC